AUGCACCGCAACUACACUCGUGACUCAUGUCGCUUUGACCCGACUAUAACAUCAGGUGUCGUUAAGCUACAAUGCCGGCCGCCGGCGGUGAAAUGCUCAAACAACAACGACUAUCGAGUCAACCCCGUUUACGGAUUCGUGGAUCCGGCCGGGCAAGCAUCGCUAGAAGUAACUAGAACUGGUGGUGAACCAAAAGAAGACAAACUGGUAAUUCAAUGGGGACCAGCGCCAGCGGACGCUACAGACGCACAAGCCGCAUUCCCUUCCAUUCCACCCGAUCAAAUACAAUCGAUUACCGUACCACUUUCGGCCACAGCAGCCACGUAA